UUCCCUAUGAGCCCCGACUGCGCAGGGAGCCGGCGGAUAUUUUGUGAAAAUGGCGCUGUGUAGUGUGUUGCGGGGUGAGUUUGCGGAUUUCAGCGAAGCUCCAGACCAGCCUUCUGCGUUUGGCUGUGGCCUUAACCAAACCGAUCUGGGCUUCGGCGCCACACUGGGCGACUCCUUCAACUUGGCCGUGAAGACGGUUGGCGAUGAAGAGGGUCCUGAGAGGAAGAUCGAGUUCCUUCAUGGAACGACCACCUUAGCGUUUAAAUUCCAGCAUGGUGUCAUUGUAGCCGUGGACUCCAGAGCGACAGCUGGUUCCUACAUUGCAUCUCAGACGGUGAAGAAGGUCAUCGAGAUCAACCCGUAUCUGCUGGGCACCAUGGCAGGUGGGGCAGCAGAUUGCAGUUUCUGGGAGCGUCUGCUGGCCAGGCAGUGCCGCAUUUAUGAGCUGCGCAACAAGGAGCGCAUCUCGGUGGCAGCCGCCUCCAAACUACUGGCUAACAUGGUGUACCAGUACAAAGGAAUGGGUCUCAGCAUGGGCACCAUGAUCUGCGGCUGGGACAAGAGGGGGCCAGGGCUCUACUACGUCGACUCCGAAGGUAACCGUGUGUGUGGUGACAUGUUCGCCGUGGGCUCCGGCUCCAUGUACGCCUACGGUGUCCUCGACAGCGGCCUCCGCCAUGAUCUGACCGUCGAGGAGGCCUGUGACCUCGGCCGCCGUGCCAUCUACCAGGCCACGUUCCGCGAUGCCUACAGCGGUGGCCAAGUCAACCUGUACCGCGUCCACAGCGAGGGCUGGGAAAACGUCUCCCAGGAGGAUGUGCUGCAGCUCCACCAUCAAUACCAGAGCCAGAAGGCAUAGAGGAGAUGGAGGCUGGGAUGGGUGGGAGGUGAGGGAUGGGUCUAGGGCAAUGGUUUCCAAUCCUGGCAAUGGCGUAACCCUGAUGUCAUUAUUAAAACUUUUUUUUUUAUUACCACUAUUUAAAAAUACAAGCAGCCCUGUGAAUAUAGACCAAUGGCAAUGGUACAUAAUCACUUAGGAUAUAAUCCCCAUUCAUGUACAAUGUAUGAUGUGGCUGGUAGAGUAGUGGUAGAAGAAGUGAACCAGAAACUAGAAGAUUGUGGGUUCAAAUCCCAGGACUGGCUGAGUAUACUUGGUUGUGCCCCUGUGCAAGAUGCUUAAACCCCAAACUUCUUUGCUUCUUCUAUAAAGCUGCUGUUUUGGAGAUACGUUUUGAUAUUUUAGAACAUCAUUUAUUCACAAAGCAAUGUUUCUCCCUUUAACAUGAUAACUUAAACCUAAAUUCAAGCCUAUCAGAUAGGUAGAGAGCUGAGGGGCAUUCUAUUGGGCAGUUCUCAACUAUUUGUUAUGUGGCUUACUUAGAAGUCCUUUGUGAAUCAGAGGAUAUGUGGUAUAAAACCAGGUCUCUCAGUUUUGGAUAACUUAAGCCAGAGUUGAGCUUGUCCAGUAGAGAAACUAGAGAGGCCCAGCUUUGGGAAAUAAGUGUGAUUCUGCUACUCAAGCCCUUCCUGAGCUAAAAUGUCUGUUAAGCAAAAAAAACUGCACGGCAGGGUUACGCCAGAAUCGGGAUGGGUAAACAUGGGCGUAGAGAGUUGGGAACGUUAGAUAGGGGUAUAAUAAAAGGCUAAAAUAAGCCGGCAAGACGUGGGCAAUGAAUGCGAAUGGCAGUUGAUGGAAAUUUAGCAGAGACCCUAAUGGAUCUGAGACUCUUGCAAGUUAGAAAACACAACACAAUGUGCUUGAGGCACUUUCUGUUCCUAAAUGAAGUUACACUAACAUUUAUCACCCUUUCCGUUAUUUCUUUCAUGUGAUUUGUUUAGUUAUUACCUCAGUAACAGUAGUAUUACUGUAGUAGUAUCAGGCGUCGGGCUGCAGUUCCUCAUGGUAUGCGAUAGAUGUGGGGGUGCUGUAUCCUACUGGAUAGCAGGCCAAGCCAAACUUUGCUUGGCCAGCUCCCUGGGAGUGCGAGUGGGCUUCUGUUCUUCUUAUCACACUUGUAACCACAGCUACCAAACCCACUCUCAAUAAACCUUGGACUUGGUUUUUUUUUUGCUA